ACGAGAAAAACGGAAGCGAAGAGAGCGCAUGAGCAAGUAAACAUGGCGUUACCGGGCAGCGUUGCUCGAUUGUGUUGUCUGGCCGGACGAACUGUCAACUUUAUUUCAGCGAGACAAAGACCAAAAAUUGUUCUCUGGACGGCGGGAAGACUAUUCAUUACGUCGCCUGCGAACACAAAUAGUAAAAGCAAAUUUGGCCCAUUUGCAGACCUGCAGUUCCGCCUUGAUGAGAAGACAGCUCACAGCAGUCUGGACCUCUUCAAGAAAGACACAGGCGUCAUUUAUCGCAUGCUGGGUCUGGACCCCAGCCACACGCAAGACAACCCCGAGCGUUUUCGUGACUGGGCCGUGGUGUUUGGCGAUGAGAAGAUCACCGGCGGGCGCCACUACUGGGAGGUGACGGUCAAAAGGUCCCAGGAGUUUCGCGUGGGCGUGGCCGAAGCGCUGAUGUCCCGCGACGACUGCGUGGGUACCAGCAGCUCCUCAUGGGUGUUUGGCUAUGCUCAGCGCAAGUGGUUUGCCAUGACCAACAAUAAGAUCGUUCCCGUCACCUUGGUGGGCAAAGCGGACCGUGUGGGCAUCUUGCUGGACUUCGAAGCGGCCACUCUGGGGCUGGUCGACAUUGAGAAACGAAAGAUCGUUCAUUCCAUUAGGGGGCGCUUCAAGAUUCCCCUCUGCCCUGCCUUUGGACUUUGGGAUGGGGAGCUGCUCACGCACUCGGGUUUGACAGAGCCGGAGGGUCUCGAGGGAUAGCGCAAUUAGGCCUGCAAAGGACUGAUUUGGGUGAUUUCAAC